GAUACACGCCUCGCCUUAUUGAAGAUAGAAAGAUUGGGACUAUAAAAGCGUCGUCUGGCUGCACAUCACGGGACAAGCAAGUUUCUUUCGAGUGGAUAAGGAUUUCUGCUAGAAGUAAUGUGGAGUCAACGAUCAACCGGAAUAUAAGUUACAAAAAUACAAGUUGUUCAACAGAUUCUGAAUGCGGACAUUACAAUGGUAUAGAGUAUACAUCAAUCAUUUAUGCCAAGCCUAGUGAGAACGGGAAUUUCUAUCUGAAAGUUGCAAUGGUAUAUGGAAAUGAACGAAUUGAGUCGCGCAAAUCUGCUUUAAAAUACACGAUUGAUGGAAAAGACAAUAAUAAUGAAAAAAGGUCUUUUCGCCAGAUUUCUGGAUUUUAUGCAGUUUUUAUUAUUGUUCCUGUCUUUAUUGUUGCUUGUGUUAUUAUUUAUAAGCAUCGUAAAUGUGGACCUCUUAAAGAAUGCAGAAAACUUAUAAACAAUCAUAACCAGGCAGGAAAUGAAAAGAGUGAAGAAGAGACAAACCAUAUGGAACAAGAUACACUGUGUUCAACAGAGAAAAUAAAGAGGCAAAAACAGAAGUUGAUUGCAGAACUCAAAGAGCUGCUACCAACAAAAACUCAAAAGGGGAAGGAUGCCAUAAAUUAAGGCCAAAACACAAAAUGAUAGACGGGACGUUUUUGAUACUUGUGUAAGUGGAUUUAAUUAAAGCAAAAAAAGGGUUUUUGGAAAAUAAUUUACAAGACAUAAAGGCUGCUCUUUUGGU